AUGGCAAAACUCGAACCAUACGCGGGAGUUUACUACCUAUGGGUGUAUCUGCCGUCUAUAUCCGCAGCAGUCCUCUUCGCCGCGUCGGUAUACAUGGUUUUCGGCCGUCUUAUCCGCAGCAUCGAGGCGGAGAAAUACUCGAUCGUCCGUAUCAACUGGCCCACCAGGACAUUCGUCGCGAGCGAUGUUCUCUCCUUCCUGGUUCAGGGGUCCGGGGCCGGCCUGAUGGCAAGCGGAUCGAGUCCCACCACAGGGGGAAACGUCAUCAUCGGAGGCCUGAUGAUCCAGGUAGUGAUGUUUGGGCUGUUCAUGGUUACCUCAGUCGUGUUUCAGUUGCGGAUGAAUCGCGGUUCGCGUGGUCAGAUCUUUGAUGCGGGCGUACCGUGGAAGACGCACUUGCAUGUCCUUGAUGCAGCCAGUGCGCUGAUUAUGGCCCGGUCGAUCUUUCGGGUGAUUGAAUAUGCUAUGAGACAGAAAGUGUAUCUCCUCAGUCACGAGUGGACGUUGUACAUCUUCGACUCGCUGUUGAUGUGGACGGCGAUUGUUAAACAUGGCCGUGUGGUUUCCGGGGACGAUUCGCACGCCUGUAUCAGAAACGCAUGUGCUGGGCAUGGUCAACGAGAGUGA